UUGUUAAGUUGUUCACUCAUCAAUUCAACUUGAAUUCGUCAUUGUACGCAAAUUGUUCAAAAAUAUUUUGUUUUUUAUUAAUUAAAUUAAUAUCAGGUACUGACUCGAAAUAUAAAGCGCAAUCAAAUCAUUAAGCAAUAGUUUAUUGUAGUGCUUAAUAACAUUUUUAAACUAGCUAAUUAACUAGAAACGUAAUUAAUGGUUUACAAAAAUCGGAACUGGGCUUACAACAGUUAUCAUUUCGUGUGUCGCCUAUCGUUAUAAAGGGUUUUAAACCAGUGCUUGUGAAAUUCGCAUAAAUUGUUAAGUGUUUAGCAUUUAUAGUGAAACAAAAUGCCUGCAAGUGCAGUAUAUCAACCAACGACAGUCACAUAUGAACAGCAGCCAACUGACCAGAGAUGGAACUGCCCGAUCAGCUACUUCUCACGGAGGGUGACAAGUAGUCUGAACCGAGCACUUUGUAUACUUAUCGCGUUAUGUCUCCUGGGCGGCACACUCUUUUUAGUUGGUUUGGGACUGCUAAUUGCAGCAGGUGUGCAGUACUCCAACGCGCCGCCAUCGUCGCAAGACGGCACGUAUAUCGGGCUCUCACCAAUCGGAGGCGGUGUCAUACUAAGUCUUGGACUCCUGUUCGUAGGUUUCGGCGUAUGGGCGUGGAAAUCACGUUGGGGCGGCGGUAAGGAGCAACAGUCGAGCGGUGCGGCAGCGCUCACAGCGCUCAACCCUUCCACGGACCCGCUUGUCGCCGCUCAGUACGCUCCAGUACGCGACGCGCCACCAGCGCCUGAUGAUGAGAUGCGCAACCUGAUGGAUAACAAGGAAUGUUUGAGCAGCGCUGAAGAGAGCGACAAAAUGUUAGAUGGCAGGCCAUCAGUCGCCUAGAACAGCUGGUCUACCGACCCAGCUUGGGAGCUAAACAGGCUGGGUUAUAUCGUCCCCACUCUCAACAGUAUCGAAUUGAUUCAUAAGUUAUUAUGACAAUACGUUUAUUGCAUUGGACGGUUCCAAUAUUUUAUUUACACUUUUAUUUUCGAUUUUAUUUUAUGUUAACGUUCACUAAUUGGUAUAGCAACCGCAAAAAAAAAGGUCCAAUCUCAUAGCUUGGUUGUUUUUCUGCUUUAUGGUCGACAAAUUUGUUCGUGUUAGGUCAGAUACAUACAGAAUGGCGUACAUUAAAUGAACACACGGGUAAUACUUAAACCGUAAGCAUAAAAAAUCCUUAAAUUCAAGUACCUAAAUAAUUGAAAUGAUGAAAUUUUCACUCAAACAAAUCAUAUAUUUAUAAAAAAAAAACAAUCUUAAUCACACUUACGUGGUCGCUACUCGCCCACGAGUACUGAACGACAAGUAGGUACCAGUACCUACGAGCGCGGAUUGUUCUGAAAUGAAAUUAAAAUGAUUUUUUUAAGUGCAUUAUGUAUUCUAUUUUUUUUAUAACGAUUAAGAAGCUCAUUCUGUGCGUUCAUUGAAUGUCGCUGUUGUAGCUCCACGCUGUAUAUCGAUUUCAGCGAUAAAAAGCUAUAGAAAAAAAUAUAAAGGAGGGGUAUCUGUAGAACGCCGUUAUUCUUCUUAUGUGAAUUAAGCCGGUGUUGUAUGCGCAACAGAGCAGAAGCUACUUUAGCUGUUGUACCUAGCUGUUCAUCAUACAUACACUCUCUAUAGGACUGUUACGAACAAAUUUGUCGGUCUGUUAUAAUGUAUGAAACAGAACCUAAUGUUAUUCUCAGUUGUUAUGAAGCAAACUUUCAACGUGAAUACUGUCACAAAUCAACUAGUUGUUAUCAUACACUUGAAUUAGACUUUUUGUUUUGCGGUAGCUAAACUUUCAAUUAUUCGUGUUUUGCUAGAAAGAUGCUUGGAGAUAUUUUUACAUUUUAUGUUAUAUCCUUUAUAUAUCCGUAUUUAUUUCAUAUUAUGUUUAUGUUUUCAAGCAAUAUUUCAUGAAUUGAUUGAGUAACGAUUGCAAGUAAUUUUACAUGGUGAUUCAUUUGUGGCCAAAUUAUCGUCCAUAUUAUAAUCGUUCUUCCUAAGGUAAUGAAUACUAUAUUUCCGCAUAUGCACACUAUGGUUAGAAUAAAGGCAUAUUUUAAGUAGAGUUAUUUGUGGGGAAUCAUAGAUUUAACUGGAGUUCCAAUGUAAUAAUCAUUUAAAUAAACAUUAUACAUCUAUUCAACAUUAAAAUUAAUAAAAGCUUAAUAUAGAUUAAGUAUUAAUUUAAUCUUUCACUUAUUUAGUAGUUAUAUCCGGUGCGUUACUCGAAUGUCUCUUAAUAUAAAUAAAUUUUAUAUUUGUAAGCAAGUUUAAAAUACUUCUUCGUACAGUUCAAGAAAAAUAGAUUAAGAAAAUUUGAAAAAUAAAUGUAGUCGGUGCAAGAAUAUAUACCAGUAUAAAAAUAAAAAAAGACAUGUAACAAUUGAGGCCAUGACAACCACAGUGUCUUAACUACAAUUACAGCACUAAGUUAUGAAUUUUAAUAUCGGAGAACCAUAGUGGCCUAAAGGUGGUUUAACGUAUUAAACGUAUACUAAUAUAUUACUAACUCACUCAGACAACCCUAGCUACACCAAAAUAAAUGAUUAAUUUUAACUAUAAAAAAUCAUCUUAUAGUGUAAAUACGUAGUUAGGCCACUAUUCUUCUCAUGGCAUCAAUUUGUAUACUGUGCUUGAAAUAUUUGGCAUUUAGUACAAAUAGUGUAGGCAUUUGUAACGAGUGUCGAUGUAUUUUACAAUUUUUUAAUAUAUAUAUAUAUUAAGAAAAAUGAGUAUUAUGAAAUAUAUUUUGAAUAUACUAGUAAUUGUAGGAAGUUCGUAUCGUAUCGAUCUACGUUAUAAAUUUUAUCAUAUAUAAGCCACGUGAAUAAUCGAUUUUAAUUAUAAGUAAGCUUUCUUAUUAUUGUGACAAGCUCAAAUCAUACAUUUGAUUUACAGAGAAGACCUGUUACGAAAUACGAACAGUUUGACAGUUGUUGUAUCAUUGAAUUUGCGAGUAUUCUGUUGUCGUUUGUUUUAUAAAAAACAUUCCUCGAAUUUGACUCUUUCAUUUUAAUGUUAAAAUGUCAGCCGUCCGUUCUUGUAGGUUUGAUAGACCCACAGACUGCAUUGUGAGUCAUUUUCCAUUGGAAACGAAUUCGUUCCUAUGACGGAUUAAUUCUUUUUUUAUAUUUGUGUUGUGUAGGAACACCGUCCUGUUAGUAUUAGUUCAUAAGUUUUUGUCUUAAUGUAAGUAGUUAUAAAUUAUAUUAAAUGAUUUUAAGAGGAAUGAUGUGGUUCUAUAAUAGUGGUGAUGUUCACCAGCUAAGCAUUCUAAAUCAUAAGCUCCACUUAAUCUGCAGUGAAUCUCGCGCGAAGGGUGUCGUAUUAAAGGUAUUUCAAAUUGCUUUUUCAAUAUUUUCAAUAACCUAAAAGGAUAUUGAAAUAGAUAUUAUCGUUACGUUUCUAAGCUAUUUCGUCUUAGGUCACUUUUUUAUUUCAAAUAGUUUGAAAGUAAAAGUGUGUUAGAACGUUUAAAUAUAUUGCUUGAAAUUGUAAUAAUUCGACGUCCUUACGCUUACAACAUCUUAUAAGCUAUUAUAAUGUUGUGGCAACAAUAUAUGUAGGUUAUUAAACCGUAUUUAUACUAGUGAUAGGAAGUGAUGUGGUCGCAGGCUUAGCUUCUCCUUUUGGUUAAAUACUCUAAUCCUACUUUACAGCGUUUUGGCCAUUUUUAUAGCUUCCAUUUAACGACAUCCAACCUUCCGUAUUUAAGUGUAUUCUUACAGCCUUCCUUCAUGAUAUUAUUAAAAGGCUCUCUGGAUCUAAUAUAAUAAUUUGUAGCAUCACAACGUAUGUUUUAAUAUUUAUUUUGAAAUUAUAUUUGCAAUAUUUACGGUGCAUAUGAGCGUGUAUAAUGAAUUUGACAUGUAUUGAUAUUAUAGUUUGUAUGUAGUAAGCAAAUGUACUUACGUUAUACUUAAUGUGUACUUAAUAUUUUCACUCAAUCUUUUUGAAUAAAGUUAUGAGCGGCG